GAAUAUGUGAGGAUAGUUUCGUCCAUUCAUAACAAAACGGGUGUUACCCAUGUUAUUCAGGAGCUUCGUUGUUUUUGGAGGAGUAGUCUUCCAUCCUUCGAUUCCCUUCUCUUUUCUCUCUUCAAAUUUCUGGUGUUGAUCUUAAAAAGGUAAAUGCAGAAAUUGCAGAGACUUCGAACUUUAAAAUCCUCAAUUUGGAGGUCGGUUGGUAUGCCGGAGUUAAAGAAACGAGCUUCAAAUACUGUGUCUGCUGUUCAAGACACCUAUUUUUCUACUAAGGAUACAUUUGAGAGGCACAAGGUGGUGUUUACAGUUGGUACUUCUAUAGCAUCAGUUGGUACUGCUUGGCUUGGAUACACUUUUCGUCAUGUUCAUGAUACAAGAGUUGAUAGAAGACUUGAUUCAAUUGAACAAGCGAUGAAAAGCACCUACCAAUUUGAACGAGAAGAAAUUAAGAAGAUUGUAGGUUCAGGAAGUUAUAGCACUGUGACUUGUGCUGCCACUGCUGGGACAACUCUAGUUAUUGGUUAUGCCUUGGGAUGGAGAGGUGGGAGAUGGUACACAACUAGGAAAUUCCGGAGGGAACAGAUGAAGAUGCUAGGACAUGUCAAACCCAGAAGAUGGAAAUUGCAUUUCUUAAAAAAGCCAAAUCUCCAGUCCAUUAGAAUACCAUUACUUAGAAACAAACCAUCCAAAAGUUCAGUCAAAAGUUCGGAAGCAUCACAAAAAGAAUCAAAAGACAGAGCAGCUCCUAGUAUAGAAGUACCAAACUCAUGCUAAGAAUUGUACGUAAACGUAGGUAUCAAUUACAUGGGAGUUCAUGUUGCCUAUACAAAAUUUGUAAUCUCAUUAACAAAUAAUGCAUAUAUCAAUAUUUUUGUACCUA